AAUGAUAAUGUAAAUCACGUUUUCAUCUUACACAAACCUCCAACACGAUGACUUUGAAGUGUAGAGUAUUUCUUUUGGAUGUAUCUGAAGUACAAUUUGAAGUGAAGAAGAAGGACAAAGGUGCGGUAUUGAUGCAAAGGGUGUUCCGUCAUUUGAACUUAGUCGAAGAAGACUAUUUCGGAUUGAUUGUCAAAGGAACUGACUUACAAAAAGUAUGGCUAGAUUCGGAAAAGAAAAUAAAGAAUCAGAUAAGCAAUUUGCAAAGUAUUAUUGGAUGUUCGUCCGACCAAUCGACAGCAAGGGCAAUUAUACCAAGAAGUGGAAAGCUGGAAUUUCAAUUUGCCGUCAAGUACUAUCCGACAACUCCUACAAAUUUGAAAGAGGACAUCACCAGGUAUCAGCUCUGCCUUCAGUUAAGAAAAGACCUUGCUACAGAUUUGUCAUGUUCAUUGGAUGACCUUGCUGAUAUAUUGUCUUACUGGCUCCAGUCAGAAUAUCAAGGAAGCGAAGACAAUGCACAAACUGUUAAAGACUGUCUCAAAGAGUUUGAAAGUCUCCCAUCUGAAGUAUCAACAAAAGAAUUCACUGACAAGGUUCUAUCUUUAUAUCGUAAAAGGCGGGAUAUGUCAUCUGCAGAAGCAGAUGUGCAAUUUCUUCUUAAAACGUCCGGCUUAGCUAUGUAUGGAAUUCAUUUCUUCGAAGGAAAAAACACAGCAGGAGCCAAAAUACGUGUUGGAAUAGGAGCAAAGGGAGUCAUAGAAAAACUCGGCAACAGAUCCACAAUAUCCCAUCCGUGGAAUCGAAUAAAAAACGUUGUAUACAAAGACAAUAAAUUUAAAAUAAAACUUUUACGACCGCCAUCUAACGGUGAUCCGCGAUUAAAGAAAUCGUUCAUCUUCGACUCGGAAAAACAAGUUUAUUUAAUUUGGAGAAAUGCUGUUGAUCAUCAUGUGUUCUUCCGAAUAGGAGAGAAAGAAAAGAAGCCCAAACCGACUGCCGGGAGUGGAAAGAAGCCCAACUGUCAUUGGGAAAUGGACGGCACGGCAAGUGGUGGAUCUUCAACGUUACUUCUUACAGAGACUAUUCUUGAAGAAGAUGAAGAUCAAGACGCACAUAUAGCAUUACCUUCGCCGCGAAAACGAGUUCCUCCUGUAAGCUACGCCCGACUGAAAAGCGACGAUGAUUCUCACGACUUUGCACCGUUACAGACUUCAAAUGAAAUGAUGCAACAGAUCCAACAUGCAGGCAGUCUUCUAGAAACCGAUUUAGACGCAGAGGUCGUGUUAAGUCCCAAACCACUUGAAGAACCCGGAAGCCUCAGAGAAAAAGAAUUUGAAUUUGAGCGCUGCAAAACACAAAAAGAAGAAAUUCGUUAUGGAAAGCGCACUGUACUUAUUGAAGACACAAAAACAGAGGAACAGUACACGGAAUAUUGGGAAGAGAUUGAAAUUGAACCGACAUCUCCCCAUCACAAACAUGAGGUUUUAGAUGUAUCGACCAGAACACCACAAAAAGACACCAUUGUCAAAUCACCAGAGGAAAUAAAUACGAAAACAGGCGAUGUCUCUGAUAAUUCCUCGACUGCCAGUUCUCAUGAAGGAGAGGUUCAUUUCAAUGCCCAAGGAUAUGUUCAAAUGCCUCCAAUAUCUGAAGUCAAACCGAGCGAAACGGAAGAGGCCCCACUACCUGUUUUUGAUGAUUUACAUAAAAAUGAAACUUCGCCUUUGCAAGUUGAAUAUAGUAUUGAUCAGACAAAAUUCAAUUACGAAGAAGAGUCAAAAGACAAGUACGGAAUAGAAACUGCAUUAUCAGAUGAAGAAAUGCAUACCAUGUCGGGGUACAAUGAACGUUUCCUACAGAUUGAAGAGCAACUUCCAGAUAACGGAGAAACAACCAACUUAGUCCCAGAAAUACAAGAAGUGCCGUACGCAGCGGCAAGUACAACUGCUGCGACUAUCGGGGAUGAUGAUGAGCUUUCACUGAACGAACUUGACGAUGAAAUUUUAUACGAAGAGGAACGUUCAAGAAGCCCAGAAGAACGCGGUGGGUUUAGCUAUGAGGAAACAGAGAAAAUUGAAGACGUCAACGUAAGAAAUCGAUCAGAGAUCAACCCGCACGAAGUUCGUAAAGGCAAGCAUGAGGCGAUCGCUUUUAAAAGUACAUUAGACGAAAUUCCGGUUAGUCCAAGGCGGAGAGAAAAUUUGAGCAGAAGGCCUUUCAUUCCAAGUUGGCCUUUUGAUCCUGCAUCCUUGUUGAAUUCUCGUGAUUUGGAGGAUUUGGAUAAAGAAGCCAUUCUGGCAGCGAUGGAAGCACAAAAAGAAUUAGCCGAUGAAGACAGAAGAAUUGAAGAAAUGGAAAUGAUGGAAGACGUUGAAUUGUCCUCGCCAGAAAUUCCAGACAGCAAAUAUUAUUCAGCUCCUCCGGGCGAUUCACAUUUGCCGAAUUAUCGUGAUUGUUUUCCACCAUCGAUUUCAAGUCGGGACAAUUCUCCAUCUAGCGAUAAAGAAAAAGGGGAAAGUUAUCAAAGACUUGAUCACGCAAGACCGCUCAUAAAAUCUGACAUUAUAGAACAAUGUGAGGAGAAAUUUGAUUUGGUCAGCAAAAUAAAAAUUCGUUCUAGGUCACCUUCUGCGUCUCCGCGUAUGGUUGGUGAAGAAUUUAUUCCUGGGAUUCCCGAUUUUGCUCAAAGUGUUAUUCCAUAUCAGCUAGAGAGCACGGAAUCUAUUGAGAAUACACAAGAAGUUUCUGAAACAGCGAUGCCUCAAUAUGUCGAAGAAGAAAUUGACCCCGAAUCUUUAAAAUUUCCGAAGCCAAUCCUCAAGUUCUCAGCCCCAGAAGAAAAGAAAGAAUGCCUCAAAUAUCGUUAUUCUCCUCCAGCAGGUGAGAAACAGAACCAAGAUGACCAAAGUCUUUCUACAUCAGAGGCUUCUGUGGAAUCUGGAACGGACGAAACGCAAAGUAUCACUAUAAUUUCACAACCUCUUCGUGAAAACAUGCAGGCGCCGGCUGCAGAUAUGCAAACUUCACAGCAUGUUACAUCUUCGGGGAGAAGCACCCCACAGUCUGCUACGGGAGGAAACUCCAGUCAAUCCGAAGGCUCGUCUUCGAAAUCUUCAUCUUCCAGUUUUCCACGAUUCAUUCACAGCGUUUUUCCUCUUCGACGAUCCUCAUCUAACGCAAAACCUCGAGGUCGCAGUAAGACACGAAAGAAGCACGAAAAUAAAGUGACAAAGCAAAAAAAUAAGAAAAAACCAAGAUCAAAAAGCAAAGACAAAAAGAGCAAUCAGUCCAAAAUUCUACCAACUAUCCAAGUUACAAGUCCUUCCAGCCCAGAUGGUCUUUUAGCCUUUCCGUCCCCACCACACUAUAAAGCUCUUCCUUACCAGCAGCAGACUAACAGUCUUUCUCCGGAAACAGCUCAGACUCAACUACACUGUCAAUAUGAUCAAGAAAGUUUGGAUAAAAUAGUUCUCUCAGAAAGUGACGACGCACAUUCAGAUUCUGAUGCUCCAGUGACCGCUCGAAAGAUUGAAAAAUAAGCGAUUGAUUCA